GGAGCUGAAGUGCGACGCUGAAAAAUGACAGCUCUCAGGUAGUCCCGGGCUGUCGCUACUGUUUUACGCACGUCUGGGGCCACAGAGCACGCGUGAAAAGGUGACUCAGCCCCUUUGCCCACGCCCGCGUUUCUCAUGCUGCCCGCGCGCCUCACUUGUAGGCUGCUGUGCAGCCUUCUGCGGGGAUCCACUCCCACGAUAGGGCGCCAUGGCCUCCGGGAGAAGCUCCUCGAGAGGAGAGGUGCGGCCAACGCCACCUCCCAGCACCCAUCCGGCCUGGGAUGUGGGCUUCCCCGUGGCGCGACAGCGACUGGGGAUAACCAAGGAAGGGCUGACAUGGAGGAGAGUUUUCUGUUCCCCGAGUACGUCCCGGAUCCGGAGCCCGCAGUGACCCUCCAGGACCAGCUGCGGGAGCUGCAGCAGCGGCAGGAGGAGGAGGAGCGACGGGUGCUGCAGCGACGGGAGGAGCGGCGGCAGCAGAAACUACGCACCGGCUGGCGGGGGCACCCGGACCCGACGGUGCCGCCCAGCGGCCUGAACUGUUCGGGUUGCGGGGCGGAGCUACACUGCCAGGACCCGGGAGUGCCCGGUUACUUGCCCAGCGAGAAGUUCCUAAGCGCGGCGGCGCAGGAGGACGGCGGGCUGGCGCAGACCGUGUGCCAGCGCUGCUGGCUGCUGGUGCAUCACCGCCGCGCCCUGCACCUGCAGGUGAGUCGCGAGCAGUACCUGGAGCUGGUGACCGCCGCGCUGCGGCGGCCCGAGCCUGCCCUGGUGCUCUACAUGGUGGACCUGCUUGAUCUGCCCGACGCCCUGCUGCCCCACCUGCCCGCGCUGGUGGGCCCCAAGCAGCUGAUCGUGCUGGGAAACAAGGUGGACCUGCUGCCCCAGGAUACUCUCGGCUACCGACAGCGGCUCCGGGAGCGACUGUGGGACGACUGUGCCCGCGCCGGGCUCCUGCCGCCCCCUGGCUACCGAAGGCCACAACACCCCAGCGGGGACCGGCCACGGGACGGGGAGGAGAAUGCGAAUCUUUCGCCCAGGUCCCGCACGGUGCUCAGAGACGUGCGGCUCAUCAGCGCCAAGACUGGCUAUGGAGUCGAAGAGUUGAUCUCCGCGCUCCAGCGUUCCUGGCGCUACCGCGGCGACGUCUACCUGGUUGGCGCCACCAACGCUGGCAAGUCCACUCUCUUCAACACGCUCCUGGAGUCCGAUUACUGCAUCGCCAAGGGCGCUGAGGCUAUCGACAGAGCCACCAUCUCCUCUUGGCCUGGUACUACAUUAAACCUUCUGAAGUUUCCUAUUUGUAACCCAACUCCUUACAGAAUGUUUCAAAGGCAAAAAAGGCUUAAAAGAGGUGCAACUGAAGCAGAAGAAGAUCUCAGUCAGCAAGAACAAAAUAAACUUAAUCUCUUGAAAAAGCAUGGUUAUGUAGUAGGAAGAGUUGGAAGAACAUUCUUGUAUUCAGAAGAACAGAAGGAUAAAGCUGCCUUUGAGUUUGAUGCCGAUUCACUUGCCUUUGACAUGGGAAAUGAACCUGUUAUGGUUGCAGAUAAAUCCACCAAACGAGUAGAAUUGACCCCACAAGAUGUGAAAGAUGCCCACUGGUUUUAUGACACCCCUGGAAUUACAAAAGAAAAUUGUAUUUUAAGUCUUCUAACAGAAAAAGAAGUAAAUACUGUUUUGCCAACACAUUCCAUUGUUCCAAGAACUUUCGUGCUUAAACCAGGAAUGGUUCUAUUUUUGGGUGCCAUAGGCCGCAUAGAUUUUCUGAAGGGAAAUCAGUCAGCUUGGUUUACAGUUGUGGCUUCCAACUUCCUUCCCGUUCACAUUACUUCGUUGGACAAGGCGGACACUAUAUAUCAGAGGCACAGGGGUCAUACGUUACUCAAGAAAGUUGUGCUGUAUACUAUGAGUGAAGAGAAGUUACAGAAGUUUUCUCACAACUGGGUGACGCUACUGGCAUCUAGUGGGUGGAAGCCAGAGAUGACGCUAAACAUAAUGCGAUACACAAGACAGCACCUCACAACACAGAAUUAUCAGGUCCAAAAGGUUCCAAUGGGUGGAGAAGAAAGAAUGGCAGGAUUUCCUCCUCUUGUUGCUGAAGACAUCACAUUAGAUGAAGGACUUGGGGAAUCUGAAGCAGUGGCUGACAUCAAGUUCUCCUCUGCAGGCUGGGUAGCAGUAACGCCGCAGUUCAAGGACAAACUGCACCUCCGAGGCUACACACCUCAAGGAACAGUUCUGACGGUCCGGCGCCCACUCUUGCCACAUGUAGUUAACAUCAAAGGAGAGCGCAUCCGGAGAAGCGUGGCCUAUAAAACCAAAAAGCCUCCUGCCCUUGUGUACAAUCUGCGGAAAAAGAAAAAAUAAUAAAUAUAUGAAGCUGACCUGUUCACAUUGAACAUUAAUGAUAUAGAACAUACUGUGUACAUUGCAUUGCAUUAAAUAUUGCUAUAAUAAAGCCUUCUGCCACCCUUUUUAAGCUA